AUGUACGCGACAAGCUUCUGGUUGAGCUUUGCACUCGCGAUGGCAGGCGUGGAGCGUGGGUCUCAUCAUGUCGCCGUAUUCAGAGCGAUGACUGUGCUGCGAAUAGCAAGACUUCUCGCUAUUACUUCUGGAACCACUACAAUCAUGCAGUCACUGAAGAUCACUCGGCCGCUGCUUACUAACGUGGCAUACUUUGUUGUCUUUGCUGCGGUGCUAUUUUCGAUAAUUGGCAUCCAAUCGUUUAAGGGUUCUUUUCGACGGAAUUGCUAUCUUCAGCCCACCCUCGGAGAAAAUCAAACGCAAAUAACCCAAUAUUGCAGUGGUUACAUUGAUCCGGGUACCUUAAAAGCCAUUCCUUAUUUACAAUUGGAUGGUAUAUCAGACUCCGCGGUCGAGGGUUAUAUCUGCCCUUUGGAGCAGUGGUCCCCAAUCAUAUACGCAGAAGAGUGCCUUUGGUGCUGCACCGACUUGAUCGAAGAGCAAGAAGAGGUUUGGUCAGACGGGAAACACAUUUCUCAGAGCAACUCGCUCAAAGAAUUCUACACCCAUACGCGCUGGUGCUGGGUGUUUCUGGCUCUCACGUCGCUCGUGGUACAAGCCACCGCCAGUGCUGAUAUUAACUCGGAGCCACACCCCUGGUUGACGAUAUUUCAACUAGGGAGGUUCUAUAGGCUCACGGUCUUUGGGAACCUUUAUGGUCUAGUGAACAUGAUGCUUUUCUUGUUGCUCGUCAACCUCCUUGCCGUGUUGGUCUGCAUGGAGCUCACUCGCGGUGAUGGCUCGAUUGGGUUGAAUUUCGGACAGUUGUGGAAUUGUGCUGAACUCCGUCAGAAGGCAUUUCAAAGUCCGGCUUAUGUGGAGAUACACAUCCUCGAUAAUCUUACCGCCACUGGCAGGCAGAAAAAUAUCAGGAUGGACUUAAAACCUUAUAUCACAGCGAUUAGCAGGUCACAACGAUCUGCUGACUUCGCAUCCCUCAAACACCCAAUGCUCAAGUACAUUUUGACGAACCACAACCUCCCAUACCAAAGUCAUCAUGUUGAAGAAUCUACUAACGAAGCAGGUGGUGCUGAUAUCCCAGAUGCGGACGCUCCCGUGCCUCGUUGGGGUAAAAAGGCUGCCUAG